ACCGGUUGGGUUUGACCUCCUUUUCUCCUCCGCACUUACGCUCGAGACUAAGUGCUGAAAGUCACAAUGCGAUUGUGGAGUGCCCUUGCCCCAAUUACUCUACUUCCCGUUGUCAUGGCUGGUUUUCUUGUUGGCGAAAUCAUUUGCAACAGGACACAACAACCGUUUGGGGCCAUCGUCCCUUCAUCUCCUGACACUUGUCCUAAGGUAUUGACCUACCACAACGACGCAGGCCAGAAUAUGAGCUAUGGGACAUUGAUGGAGGCCCAGCUUUGCGGGGUUGACGUUGGAGUAAAUACUGUCUCCAACUUUUGGAUUGCCUCCAAUGGCGCCAUUGGAUCUUGUGAAUCUGCUGAAUCGAACGACUCAUGCAUCACGAAGGAUGGCGAGAAUUGCACAUGGAGCGUUCUGAAUUUUUGCGAUACUAUACACAUCUGCCCUAUAGGCUAGGAUCUGGUCCAUGUAGAUACUUGACGAUUUA